UCCAGCCUUUUCAUCGGCAAUCUCAGCUGGAACGUCGACAAGGAAUGGGUCGCCCGCGAAUUCGAGGAGUUUGGAACCAUCACUGGAUGCCGUAUCAUCACUGACAAGGAGAGCGGCCGAUCCAAGGGAUACGGAUACGUUGACUUCAGCACCCCCGAGGAAGCCCGCGCCGCUCAAGAGGCACGCCACGGAUAUUUCCUCGACGGCCGCGACCUCCGCGUCGACUUCGCCACCCCCCGUCCCGAGCGCCCACAAGACUCUCCCGCCGCCUUCAAGGACCGCGCCAAUUUCCGCGCCCAGAAGUUUGGUGACGCGACUUCGGCGCCCACCAAGACCCUUUGGGUUGGCAACCUGCCUUACGGCACCGAUGAAGAUACGAUUAAGGCUGGGUUCGGCGAGUACGGCGCCAUCUCGCGUGUCGGCCUGCCCCGCGAUCGCGAGACCAAUGAGAUCAAGGGUAUCGCAUACGUGACAUACGGAGAAGUCGAGGAGGCCAAGGCGGCGUUGGAGGCGCUCAACGGCACCGAUUUCAAUGGACGUGCGCUGCGUCUCGAUUUCGACAAGGGCCGUGAUGAUGCCGAGGGUGGACGAGGUGGCUUCGGCGGCCGCGGUCGUGGAGGGUUCGGCGAUCGUGGUGGCCGUGGUGGGUUCGGUGGUGGCCGUGGCGGGUUCGGUGAUCGUGGUGGACGUGGCGGCGGCCGUGGGUUCGGCGAUCGUGGGGGACGUGGCGGCCGUGGCCGUGGACGUGGUGGUCCUCCUAAUACCACCAACCGUGGUGGAUUCGGUGACUUCAAGGGCCAGAAGGUGAGCUUUGAUGACUAG